AUGAUCGUGGUAAUUCUGCUAGCCCUUGCCCUUUUGUACAUUCUCGAUUUGGUCUACUGGAAGAGAAGGAAUCUACCGCCAGGUGAGCUACUUUUUGUGAAAUUUGUGUAGUUUUUGGCAUUUAUUGUAUCGAAUUGUACAUGUUAUGGAUUAGUUAAUAAAACAAUUAGCAGACAGAUCAACGUAGAUCAAAUAGCAAUCAUUAUACGUCUGGAUGACGUAACAUCUCCCUCGCGAUAUAUAUCUCGGCUGUUUGUAGAGAUAUCAAAAAGUUGUCAACUGAUAAAAUAUUCAUCGAAGAAUUCUGCACGUUUUAUCAGUUGACAACUUUUUGAUAUCUCUACAGACAGCUGAGAUACACCUAUCUUUUUUCAGGACCGAUUCCAAUGCCACUUGUCGGAAAUUUGCAUUUGAUCACCGAAGAAACAAAGCCAGGAUACAAGAUGUUUGAAAGACUCAAGUGAGUUUGUCCACCGUUUUCUUAUCAAUUCCCAUACAUUUUUUCUUAUAACAAACCUAGCCAGAAUUGAAGGGAACAAUACGGACCGGUCUACACGUUCUGGAUGGCCAGCCUGCCAAUGGUGACCGUGACCGACUGGAAACUCAUUAAACAACACUUCAUCAAGGACGGAGGCAAUUUUGUGGGCAGACCCGACUUUCCAAUGUCCAUUGAGAUCAGAAGUGAAUUUUCUGAACAUCCAAAUCAUUGUUGUAUUGGUUUUCAGAAGGCUCCUAUGGUAUAAUUGAGGCGAGCGGAGAACGAUGGAUCCAGCAGAGACGGUUCGCUUUGCACGUGCUCAGAGACUUCGGGUUGGGCAAGAAUUUGAUGGAGGAAAAGGUAUCACAUUCAUUGUGACAAACUGUGACUCUCGGUUUCGAUCACAUUACAAUUCCAGGGCUGGGCAAUUGGCCGGCACGGGCUUUUCGUUGGUCGACCAUUGUAAUGGACUUUUGAACCACUUGUAAUAUUCCGAUCGGACCCAAACUUUGCAGGCUUCUUGGACAUGGGUUGAAGCAUAUUGGGACCAAGUUUCAGCCCGAUCGGAUCGUCGGGUUCCGAGAUAUGUGGAUCAUUGGCCAAAAUUGGCCGGAAGCCCGGGCUUUUUGGAAAAAAUCGGCCAAUGAUCCACAUAUCUCGGGACCCGACGAUCCGAUCGGGCUGAAACUUGGUCCCAAUGGCCCUCAAUCCAAGUGCAACAAUCCUGCAAAGUUUGGGUCCGAUCGGAAUAUUGCAAGUGGUUCAAAAGUCCAGGUCAAGGGCCGGCCAAUUGUCCAGCCCUGUACAAUUCCUCAUUUUACCACGUCUUCUUUGAUUCGUGGACAAUGUACUAGGCUUUAUAUUGUCAAUGAUUGGCAGGUUCUCGGAGAGGUGACGGCGAUGAUCGAGAGAAUCCGUGCGGCUCCGGAUGACGUCAACAUGCAGAAUAUCUUCGACGCGUGCAUCGGAUCGAUCAUCAAUUCUCUGCUGUUCGGGUACAGAUAUGAUGAGGUUAGGUGUGUUUGGUCCAUUCCUAAUUACCCAUUCUCAGACAAACAUCGACGAUUUCCUGGAGCUGAAGGGCCGAAUGGACAAGCAUUUCAAGAUGGCCGCGGAGCCGAUCGGCGGCCUCGUCCAAAUGUAUCCGUGGCUCGGAAACUUUCCAUUCUUCAGCUAUUACAAGAAAAGUACGACACGAACCGUAUCACAACCACAACACUUCGUUUCUUUUAGUAAUCGCUGACAACUUUGUGGGUUUGAUGGAGAUGUUCCGGAGGCAGGCGAUGGAGAAAAUGGCAACGAUCGACUACGAUUCGGACGAAUAUUCCGACUAUGUGGAGGCAUUUUUGAAGGAGAGAAAGAAGCAUGAGAAUGAGAAGAACUUUGGGGGAUACGAGUGAGUUCCCCGCUUCAAAAAGUGCUUUUCCUCAAAGAACAUUACAGAAUGGAGCAGCUGGACAGCGUGUGCUUCGACCUGUGGGUGGCCGGAAUGGAGACGACCUCGAACACGCUCUACUGGUCCCUCUUGUACGUGCUCCUCAACCCGCAAGUCCGUCACAAAGUGUACGAGGAGCUGGACAGAGUGAUCGGCAACGAUCGGAUCAUCACCACUUCCGACCGAAAUCAACUCAACUAUAUCAGUGCCACCCUUAAUGUGAGCUUAAGGAACUCUUUACUUGAAAAUAAUUAAGAGUCUUUACAGGAAACCCAACGACUCGCCAACCUCCUUCCGAUGAAUGUUUCUCGAAAAACGACAGCCGAAGUGGAAAUCGGUGGAUACCGUAUUCCGAAGGAUACGGUAAUCACUCCGCAAAUCAGUGUGGUCAUGUACGAUCCGGAGGUUCGUUUGGGAACAUUCGGAUUGUGGUGAAUCUAGUCACAUUUCAGAUCUUCCCAGAGCCACAAGAGUUCCGACCGGAGCGAUUCUUAGAGGAAGACGGAAGUUUGAAGAAGGUCGAAGAGGUGAGCCAACUUUUUGCGGUUUCCAUCGAUUUUCGGUCCUUGCAGCUCGUGCCCUUCUCGAUCGGAAAGCGUCAGUGUCUGGGCGAAGGCCUCGCCCGCAUGGAGCUCUUUCUGUUCUUCGCCAAUUUGUUCAACAAGUUCGACAUUUCGCUCCAUCCGUCAAAUCCGAAUCCGAGUACGGACAAAGAGUGCGGAGUCACGAUGAAGGCGAAGAAUUAUCGAUGUGUCAUGAAGGAACGAUUCUAG